ACUACAUAAGCUAACAAAUACCCCAUUUUUUGAAGUCAACAAUGACAAACAUUAACACCAAAAAACACAUUUUUCAUCUAUGUUCUUGCUUCUACUUUCUUCUAAUUUCACAAAUCCUCGCAAUAGCAGCAACAACAACAGAUAAUACGAUAACGAUUACAAAUCCCCUUACGAUAUCGAAAACUUUAGUCUCUCAACAAAAAAAAUUCGAAUUAGGAUUUUUCACUCCUGGUGGUCCGAAUUCAGACAAAUGGUACGUCGGAAUAUGGUACAAAGAAAUCAAAGAAACGACGAUAGUUUGGGUUGCGAACAGAGAAAACCCCGUCACCAAUUCAUCGUCUCCCCCUGUGUUAAAAAUAACACAAGAUGGACGUCUUGUUAUUGAUAAUAGAGAUGGAAAUUAUACGUUGUCAUUAAAUUCCGCGAAUAAUAAUACUACAUUUAUCGCUAAGUUAUUGGAUUCAGGUAAUUUCGUCGUUCUAACAGAGAAAGACGAAAUUAUGGUGUGGCAGAGUUUUGAUUAUCCAACGGAUACUCUGUUACCCGGGAUGAAACUUGGGUGGGACUCGAAAACGGGGUUUAAUCGGAAUAUAACGUCAUGGAAAUCGCCAUUUGAUCCUUCUCCGGGUAAUUAUACGUUUAAACUUGAUGUUAAUGGUUUGCCUGAAGCUUAUUUGACAAACAGAGAUACAAUUUUCUAUAGAAGUGGACCUUGGAAUGGUGUUGGAUUUAGUGGUGUACCAGAAAUGAAGCCAACAGAUAUUAUAGUUUUCGAGUUUCAGAUGAAUAAGGAUGAAGUUUACUACACUUUUGAGGUAUGUUCGUCUCUUCACGUAUGA